AUGCCUGAACACGAACAGCCCAUGGUCUCCCAUGGCCGCGGAGGGAACAUCGGCCAUGACACCACAGAGUACGAACCCCACCCCCGUCACUCGGUAGUAAUGUAUCUAACAGAAUCCAGAUACGUCGACGGUGAGAUCGUUCGUGAAGGUGUUUAUGGAGACCAAGGCGACGGCGCAUACUCCGCUGGUCGCGGUGGAGCAGGCAACAUCGGAUCGCCUAUGGUGCGACCAACCUCCAAAGUGCCCCAUGACGCAGAGAUGAUUCCUGAACUCGCAGUUCGCAACUCAACCGAUGAGACCUAUCACACCGGACGCGGCGGUCAGGGCAAUGUCCAUCUCGACGAAGCAACGCGCAAAGAGAAGGAAGAGCACAAGAAGAAGGUUGCACACGAGGGAUUGGCAGACAAGCUGAAGCACAAGCUUCUUGGGCGAAAGUGA